AUGGAUCUUGUAAUGGGGAGUAGUGGGAGUUCUGGCAACGAACAAGAAGUCUCCUAUUCUUGCAAUGGAAAGAAGUCGUACCAUCGCCACACUGCUCACCAAAUUCGUACCCUGGAAGCAUAUUUCAAGGAAUGCCCUCACCCAGAUGAAAACCAGCGACGACAAUUAAGCAAUCAACUUGGUCUAGAACCCAAGCAGAUCAAGUUUUGGUUUCAAAACAAAAGGACUCAGACAAAGUCUCAACAUGAACGGGCUGAUAACUGUGCUUUACGAGCCGAGAAUGAAAGGAUAAAAUGUGAAAAUUUCGCAAUGAUAGAGGCAUUGAAAAUGGUGAUUUGCCCAGCUUGUGGUGGUCCUCCAAUUGGAGAAGAAGAACGCCAACGGAAAGCAAUUUCACAAAGUGAGUCACUAAUGAUAUCUAUUCCAACAUCAUCACUGGGUUUACCACCUGCAAAUUUCACGGCGCAGGGGUUGGGAGGGCUGCCCCUUUGUACUUAUCUUGAUCCGAAACAUUGGGACAACAUGCCAUUGCCUAACCAGUUUAAUGGAGUUACGGAUCUGGAGAAAGCACUAAUGUCUGAAACUGCUGCCAGUGCCAUGGAUGAGUUGAUUAGGCUUUUGCAAGUGAAUGAGCCUUUGUGGGUCAAGUCUCCAUCAGAUGGAAGGUAUCUUAUUCAACGCCAAAGCUACCAAAAAACAUUUCCGAGGGCCACUCACUUGAGAAGUCCUAGUGCUCGAAUUGAGUCCUCAAAAGAUUCAGCAUUGGUAACAAUGAGUGCAGCACAACUAGUUGAUAUGUUCCUAGACGCGGAUAAGUGGGUGGAUCUUUUUCCAACAAUUGUUACCAAAGCCAAGACAAUUCAACUACUUGAAACAACAAUGGACGGAAACACGGAUGGUUCCUUACAACUGAUGUAUGAAGGAAUGCACAUCCUUUCUCCUUUUGUUGCGCCUCGAGAAUUCUACUUCCUCCGCCAUUGCAGACAAAUUGAGACUGGGUUGUGGGUUCUGGUGGAUGUCUCCUAUUCCUACUUCUUCUUCCAAGAGACUUCUCACUCUUGGAAGCUCCCUUCUGGAUGUAUGAUUCAAGAAAUGCAGAAUGGGUGCUCGAAGGUCACGUGGGUAGAACAUGUGGAAGUGGAUGACAAAAUACAUACUCAUCGUCUCUACAGAGACCUCAUAUGUGGUAGUUCGGCAUAUGGAGCUGAACGUUGGGUUAUUACUCUUCAAAGAAUUUGUGAGAGAUUAUCAGUCUCAAAUGGGGAAACUGAACACAUCCAAGACUUGGGAGGAGUGAUUAGUUUACCAGAAGGUAGGAGGAGCAUUAUGAGGCUUGCCCAUAGGAUGGUCAAAAGCUUUUGUUCAAUCUUGAACAUGUCAGGCGAAUUGGAUUUCCCUCAAUUAUCAGAGGAGAACAAUAGUGGGGUUCGAGUUUCUGUUCGCCAGAGCAUAGAACCAGGCCAACCCAGAGGAAUGAUUGUUAGUGCUGCUACCUCUCUUUGGCUUCCGCUACCAUGCCAAAGUGUCUUUAACUUGCUCAAUGAUGAGAAAGUGCGAUUCCAGUGGGAUGUUCUCUGCCAUGGAAAUCCUGUAAAAGAGAUAGUAAACAUCUCAACUGGAAAUACUCCAGGGAAUUGUAUAUCCAUAAUUACGCCUUCUGUCCCUUCCGGCAACAUCUUGAUGCUUCAAGAGAUGAGUUGCACAGAGUCUCUGGGAUCCAUGGUAGUCUACGCUCCAAUGGGAAUUGCGGCCAUGAACACAGCUAUAAAUGGUGGGGAUUCUUCAAACAUACCCAUACUUCCGUCAGGUUUCAUAAUCACAGGUGACGGUCGUUCUGAGCUCGGAGUUGGUGCAAACUCUUCCAGGUCUAGUGGUUCACUUCUUACAGUAGCCUUCCAGAUAAUGGCCUGCAGCCCUUCAUCGUCAAUGGAGCCAAGCGUGCAAUCGGUUGCAACUGUGAAUACUCUAAUCAGCUCUACAGUUCAAAGGAUAAAAGCUGUUUUAAACACCUUUAAUUUGGAUUGA